UCUCUGGGUGCAGCUGUGUUAUAGGGAACGUGUCGUGGGGCGAGGAGGGCUUCGCUCUGACAGGGAAGUGUGGCAGCUCCUGCCACCACAUGCCGCUCUUCCUCUCCUUCCUCUUCAUCGUCAUCUCCUUCACUUUCCUCUGUAGCAUCCCAGCACUCACUGCCACACUGAGGUGUGUGCCAGACAGCCAGAGAUCCUUUGGACUCGGGAUCCAGUGGAUUGUGGUGCGCACACUCGGUGGUAUUCCAGGACCCAUAGCGUUUGGCUCUGUGAUCGACAUCUCCUGCUUACUGUGGCAGGAUAAGUGUGGAGAGCAGGGCUCCUGCUACCUCUAUCAGAACUCAGCCAUGAGCCAGUACACACUAGUAGCUGGUAUCAUCUAUAAGAGAAAUACAAACGUACAUCUCUUGAAUUCAACUAUCUCUCGGUCAUGGACGACUGACACCAGGGACACACCAGACGUGGAAGCGCCUCGAAUAGCUGCGAAGUGCCGAGAGGCGGAGCCA